CUUUGCUGAGGUGACUAGGGGUGCGAGGGGGGUGUUUUGUGAGGCUGGUGCGUCCUCUGGUGGCAGGAAGUCAGCGUUAUAUUUUGACGUUUCCGUCUCCGGCAGACAUAUUGCUUAGAGGAGCAAAUUCUGGAAAGAUACAAGAGAGAGAAAGGAUUUAAAAUUGAUUUACAUCUUCACGACUUGAGUCAUUUACACGACAUAGGACAUAAUGGAACCGUCAGCCAGUCCGGCAAAAGACAACUACAGGAUGAACCGCUACAAGAACAAAGCACUGAACCCAGAGGAGAUGAGGCGCAGGAGAGAGGAGGAGGGCAUCCAACUCAGGAAACAGAAGCGAGAACAACAGCUUUUCAAGAGGAGGAAUGUGGACGUACUCAAUGAAGAGGAGGCCAUGUUUGAGAGUCCACUGGUGGACUCUUACCUCAGCUCUCCAGCAACAGAAGGAGUCAUUACUAGAGACAUGGUUGAGAUGCUUUUCUCGGAGGACCUAGAUCUUCAGCUCGCCACAACACAAAAGUUCAGAAAAUUACUUUCCAAAGAGCCCAACCCACCAAUUGAUGAAGUAAUUAACACGACUGGAGUAGUGGAAAAGUUUGUGGAGUUCUUGAAGAAGAGUGUCAACUGCACACUACAGUUUGAAGCAGCUUGGGCUCUGACCAACAUAGCAUCAGGCACAUCCAUGCAGACAAAGACUGUGAUUGAGGCCGGAGCAGUACCAAUCUUCAUUGAACUACUUAACUCUGACUUUGAGGACGUCCAAGAACAGGCUGUGUGGGCCUUGGGUAAUAUUGCAGGGGAUAGUGCGGUGUGCCGGGACUAUGUUCUGAACUGCGACAUCCUUCCACCUUUAUUAAUGCUCCUGACCAAAUCCACUAGAUUGACCAUGACUAGGAAUGCCGUGUGGGCUCUGUCUAAUCUCUGUAGAGGAAAAAACCCUCCACCUGCAUUUGAAAAGGUGUCACCCUGUCUGCCAGUACUGUCCAGGCUUUUAUUUAGCAGUGACCCAGACUUGCUGGCAGACGCCUGCUGGGCCCUGUCCUACCUCUCAGAUGGCCCCAAUGACAAGAUCCAAGCUGUCAUCGACUCUGGCGUCUGCAGGCGCCUUGUAGAGCUACUCAUGCACACAGACUAUAAGGUGGCCUCCCCUGCAUUGAGAGCUGUAGGAAACAUUGUCACUGGAGAUGACAUCCAAACACAGGUGGUGUUGAACUGCUCAGCCCUGCCCUGUCUUCUGCACCUGCUCAGCAGUGCUAAAGAGUCCAUUCGCAAAGAGGCAUGCUGGACCAUCUCAAACAUCACCGCAGGAAACCGAGCACAAAUACAGACGGUAAUUGAUGCCAACAUCUUCCCAGUGCUGAUUGACAUUCUACAGAAAGCAGAGUUCAGGACCAGGAAAGAGGCGGCCUGGGCCAUCACUAACGCAACCUCUGGAGGAACACCAGAACAGAUCAGAUAUCUGGUGAACCUGGGCUGCAUUAAGCCCCUGUGUGAUCUGCUGACGGUGAUGGACUCGAAGAUCGUUCAGGUAGCUCUCAACGGGCUGGAGAACAUCCUGAGGCUGGGCGAGCAGGAGGCCAAGCAGGAGAACACCGGCUCUGGAGUUAAUCCUUACUGCAGCCUCAUUGAAGAAGCCUAUGGUCUUGACAAGAUCGAGUUCCUCCAGAGCCACGACAACCAGGAGAUCUACCAGAAGGCCUUUGAUCUAAUCGAGCACUACUUUGGGGUUGAGGACGAGGACAACAGUCUUGCCCCUCAGGUGGACCAGGCCAACCAGCAGUACCUUUUCCCCCAGCAGGAAGCCCCCAUGGAGGGCUUCCAGCUAUAAUUCCACACCCCUCUCCACUAAAAUGUACCAUUUACCCCUUCCAUACCUCCUCAUCUCAUGGAGGACCCCUGGAUGCCCGAGCCGAACCUCCACGCACCCAUCUCUUAUCUGCAACUACCCCCCAUCUCUACCAUUACCACAAACGAAUCACACAGAUACACACACACACACACACACACACACACACCUUUUGGAAGAAAGCUAAAACUGUCCCCCUCUCCAGCCUAUAAAAAUGCCCUCCUUUCUUUCUUCCCUCUUCUGAACCAGUGGACUGAAUUCUUGCAGGGCAGACCCAUGUGUUACAUGUCCAGGGGGAGAGCGCCACACAAACUCCAUUACACUUAAAAGAGGAAGUCUGUCCUGGCCUCAAACGCACACCAACAUCUUCCAGCCAUUUAAUAGCUCUUGUUGGCAGUAACAGUGGUUUGUUGAUUACUAUCUUUACACUUUCAUUUCUUUUCCAGUGGGGCAUCCCUAUUUUCAGGAUUACCCAUGCAUCCCCAUGCAAAGUCCACAGACUGGGGUGCAUGAGGUGAAAUAUGCCUAGCUCUUGAUGUCAGUCUGACUUAGUGCAAUUCAAAGAAGAAAAAAACAAAAACAGAAACAUGAUCCCUUUUUGUUUAAUGAUUAGUUAUUUUCCCCGACACUUAUGUAUCUUCUUUUUUUUUUUUUUUUUAGUGCUUGUGAUUUUUCUUUUUUCCUCCCUAUUUUUUUAAGUGGGACAAAUUACAGGGGGAGGGUUGACGUGGGAAGUAAAAACUAAAACAAAAAAAAC